UUUUUAACUCCUAUAGUUAAUCACAUACGUGUCUGUUUAAAUAGCCGAGGGUAUCUGACUUUGGAUUUCUUUAAAGACAGGACGCCUGAUAUAAGGUGUAGUUUUCUUGCUUCUGCUUUUAUGUUUUAACGCCGGACUGUGGGCAGAAACACAAGUUUAUUAGUUCAUAGUGUUUUUUCUUGCGUUUCUGUGAUGGACGUCACUUUUGGACUGGUUCCGUUCACCGUUACGCACAGGCUCGGUGGGGUCAAUCAGCUCGGCGGAGUUUUUAUCAACGGGCGGCCCUUACCGCACGAGGUUAGACAGCGCAUCGUGGAGCUCGCGCAGCAGGGCGUGCGCCCCUGUGAGAUCUCCCGCCGCCUGCGAGUCAGUCACGGCUGCGUCAGCAAAAUACUGACCAGGUACAAUGAGACAGGAAGCAUUAGACCGGGGCUGAUAGGAGGCUCCAAGCCCAAGGUGGCAACCCCAAAAGUAGUUCAAAAGAUUCUGCAGCUGAAACACGACAACCCCACUAUGUUUGCCUGGGAGAUCCGAGACAGGCUGGUGCUGGAACAAGUGUGUGAUUGCAGCAACGUUCCCAGCAUCAGCUCUAUCAACAGGAUCAUCAGGAAGAAAAUACAGGCAAAGCCAUGUGAAGAUGGAGCAGACUGCCCCUUUGAGUCCAGGUUUUCAAUGAGCGGGAUUCUGGGACUCAAAAAACUUAGCAAACAAAAUGAAGGAGCAGAUGUGUCCUGUGGUGAGCACCACAUCCAGAACUGUUUUAACACCUGGAGUAGAUCUGACAUCAGCUCAGCAUUUCACCAUCAGCUGCCAGCUAACAACGUUUCAGACGUCAGUCUGCACUGAUAUGUGAUCACACAUAAGAGGGGACUUCUGCUGGAUCUUUUUCCUUGGAUCUUUAUUCACCACAGGAAGAGAAUUCACCAUGUUUGGAUUCAGAGCAAGCAUGUUAGAAUCAAACACAUCCAUUUUCCUCGUUUGUUGUUAUUUAUUUACAUAAUUUGGACCAAAAAAAAAACAAACAAUGCUGCAGUGAUCAGUUCAUUUCGUUAGGACCUGUCCCUGCGGUCGUUUUCUGCUCAGUCAGUGGCUGAAAAUCAGCAUCAUUAGAGCUUUGUGAUGGACAACAUUGGCUGCUUUUUGUCCUUUGUGUCCAAUUCCCUCGCCUGCCCUCGUGGAUGAGGAAUCUUGGAAAAAAAGGAGCCACUGAAGGGACCAGCAGGGUGAAAGUAAACAUCAGAUCAGUCCAGUGUGAAGGCAUAAACCUGCAAACAAUCUAGAGUUCUGUAACUUAAAGAAAUCCAGACUUAUUGUGUCCUUUUUUACAAUGCAUGUAUAAUGUUUGGAUUUACAGUAAGAGGUGUUGUGCACUUGUACACAUUUGUUUUAAUUAAUAUUUAAUCAAAUAACUUUUGGUUAGUUAUAUGUUUCCCUGUGAACACAGACCCAAGUGGCUGUGGGUUAGAACAAUAGAUGAAAGACGGACUCAAGCUCAACCUUGCUAAAAAAGUUAACUCUGCACACAUAUGCAGUAAAUUUAUAGAAACAGUCAUUUUAAAUAAAAUAAUUUACUAAAAAUUAUCAUUCAACUUCAGGUUAAACAUAUUUUAGCCUUAUUUUUUUUUUAACAAAACUAAUAAGGGAAAAGGAGACAAAUGAAAAUGGGCGAAAACCAUUACCAAUAAAAUAAUGCUUUAAUAUCACAGUUUAGUAUGGGUUUUAUGUUUGAGAACUAAAGUUUAUUUAGAAAAAUUUAGAACAAGACCAGCAGUCUACAGUGGAGCGGCAUGUAACCGAGUGCAAAUCAGUCAGAACACAGUGGCGUAGCUAGAAAAUAUCUAUACGGCACCAAUGGGGGGGCAAUUCACACUUUACCAAUGGAAAAAUGAAUGAGCAGAACAUCCUUAAUUUCCAAGGGGAAAAUAGACAAACCAGAUCUUCCUAAAAGCCUGCUAAUAAAUAAAUGUAUAUAUUUACACGUCCAAGAUGUCUAAAUUUAAGAUUUAUUUAA